AUGGCUACCAGACGUGAGAAGCCCCUUGCCUCCUUAGACACAGAGAGUGUGUUGCCGUUGCAUCAAUCAGGCACGUGCAUAUACCGUGGAAAUAUCAUCGCCGACAAAGAGUUCAUUCGCAUCGAUGACUACAGCCCAUACUUGGCCCAAGACAAGGUGGAUUUCUACGAGAGAUGCCGCUUGUAUGCGAUAAUAGACGCACACGGUCACCCUACCAUAGGCAGCUUCAUCAAACUAGCGCUGCCCAUAGUACUGGCACAGAGCUUAUCCCACGCCCUGUUCCCGGGGGAAAUCACACAGAACUUUGUGCUUAAAGCCAUGCUACAGGCAUUCACCCAGUUGGAUAGAGACUUCUGCAUAGACAACCCCGCCAGUGACGAGGGAUGCUCGGUAGUGGCUGUGUUUGUGUGUGGCGACGGUAUGUUUGUCGCCAGUUGUGGAGACAGUCAGGUAUGCGAUUGA